AUGCAUCAAAGCUUCGUCUACAUCGACUCAUCUCUACUCGCGUUGGCAUUACUCCUAUUUUCAAUACUUCUGCCGGCUUAUUCAUGUGUCCACUGCAUCAAGAAGAAGUCGACGAAGAAGGCAAAGGGCUCAAAAUCAGAAGACGAACUCGUCAAGUCACUAGUAAAGAAGUUGGACAGAGCCAAGAAAGAAAUGAAGGCUGAGACACCAAAGAAGCCUACUUUGGAAGCGGAUGGGGCAGCUAAAGUUGAAAAGAAACCUGGGGGUGGCAAAGCGGACAAUUCUCCCAAAGAUGAUCAGCUUCUACAAGCAAAGGGAGGAGAUGUAAAGAAAGCUCCACUUCCCGCGGACAAAGGCAAGGAAGAGGGAAAAGAGGUUAAAGCUUCCUCACGUAAUGAUAUCAUCAGCAUACCUAUCGGUGUCAAAAUUGGACAAUAUAUGGUGGAAGAGGCUUUGGGUUCUGGCGGCUGUGGUGUUGUCUACAAAGUCAAAACAAAAAGUGGCGAAUAUCACGCAAUGAAACUUGAACGAACGGACCAGAAGAGGCGAGAUCAACUCCUUCCUUUAGAAGCGCACGUUCUCAAGCAGCUACAGUUUACUGACUACGCUGCAAAAUUUAUUGAAUAUGGAAAAUGCUCAUCAAAAGACCUGUCAUUUCAUGUACUUGUUAUGGCCCUUCUAGGCAAGUCUAUAAGUGAUUUGCAGGACAAGAGACCUAAAUUCAAGUUCACAACUGGGACCGUCCUUCGAAUUGGUUUGCAGGCGUUAAGGGGAAUUGCCUUUCUUCACAGCAUUUAUUACGUUCAUAGAGACGUCAAGCCGUCCAAUUUUGCCAUUGACCGAAACAAUCAGAAGAGAGUGUAUCUGAUAGAUUUUGGACUGUCACGGUCAUUGAGGAAGAGGGCAACAAAGCUUUUGAGGAAGCCUAGAGCAGGUGUGCCCUUCCGUGGAACUCCAGGCUAUUGUAGUUUGAAUGCGCAUAAACGUGUCGAGCUUGGCCGUCAUGACGAUCUCUGGUCUCUCGUCUAUAUGAUGGUUGAUUUGAACAAUGGUUCCUUGCCUUGGUUCGGUCAGGAGAAUAGAGAACAUGCUGCAGUUUUGAAGGAAUUUCUGAUUGAAAGUGAAUAUAUGCAUGGCUGUCCACUCGCAUUCAGAUCAAUUAUGGACUACCUCCGUACUUUAACCUACAAGCAAAGACCCGACUAUCACGGCCUGGAAUCUAUCUUUAUUCAAAUGCUUGAAGCACGGGAUAUUAGCAGCAAUCAGCCAAUGGAUUGGGAGCCUCUUUAUAUAAAGAGACCGGAGGAAGUAAGAAAGCCAUCAGCUGCCAAAAACCCCAAAGCAACCGAUACUGUCGUUGAUUUGGCGGAUAAAACUCAGGACUCCAACACUCCACAAUCUGGAUCUGGAUAACUUGAAAAGCGUCUUGAAGUAUAUAUGAAUAUUGGGGGAUAUCUAUAAAUUCACUAUAUCUAAUUGAAUAUAUUUUUGUUUGUUGUCUUUUCUUUGUUAUAAUAAAUUGUAGGAAUAAAAACAAUUGUUAAUUAUGUCCAAUAAUUAGUAUUUAGUAUAUGAUCUGCCUCACACAGAAUUCCAUUUUUUGACUCAUAUACUUCCGCGUUCCGUAUUUUGCAAUGUAUUACCCGCCGAUUUUACACCUAUAAUUUUGGUCUUAUUAAAAAAAACUAGUUGG